GUCACCUCCCCAACCAAGGAGACAACCACCCAGCAAACACCAUUUCAUCCUGACGAGAGGGUAAUCAAAAUUCGAUCUAUCGAAGUAUCCACAAGUCCUUAUAUAACCACCUAUAGUUGUAAACCUGUACUCCGCACCACAUGUCUCCAGGCUGAAUUCAUAAAACCCUACCCCAAAUCACCUCCUCCAUGUGCAUCCGAUCAACGCCCUUUUCUCAUGUCUAUUGGAAAGGUGGAGACAGCAUCACUGUUUUUGACUCCUCGAAGCGUUGAAACAAGUGAUAAGUGUACCAGCCCGCUUACCAUUCCUACUGUAUUCAACGAGUCUCCAAAUAGUUCCGAUGUUUUGAAAAUUGAAGUUAAACAGCAGACUUCCGACGCUGCUUUCUGGUAUCGGGAUGAUCAAGAUUCAACACGACUUUCAAAUCAGGUUGACUUAGAAUAUGAUACGUCCCUUCAACAGUCAGAUGAGAGUCUUAAUAUGGAGAGUGAAGGCCUCUACGAACCCGUUAUUAAAAAGCCCACACAUAUUCCAGAUAAGGAUGGUGAUUUGCAGAGAUCUACUCCUGUGAGAAUCUCAAAGUGUCAAUCAGAAGUGACCGAAAAAUUGAGCGCCAAGGGCUCUGUGGAGAGCAAAGAAUUCCCAACUACUCAGAAUCAGCAGAAUGAAGGGUUGGUCCGGGAAGAUGAAGAUGAAGAUGGCAAUUACAACUGGUUAUCAGUCACAAGCAAGGCCCCAUUGAAAUAUCAAAUGCAACCAUCUCCUUCCCCACAGAAAACUAUUCAGAAAGAAGGCACCCAGAAGGAAGAUACUGAACUAAUCUCCCGUAAUUCAGAUAGACAUUUACGAAAGCUGAAGAUUAAAUCACCGCCCUCUAUAAUAUUGAGGAGGAACCGAGAUAUUGCAAACGGGGUGCAAAGUCCUACAUCCCCAUUCUCUUGUUCACCUCUAUCAAAGCAGGUAUUCAGCAAGGCCAAAGAUGGAAUCACUUCCACCACCCCUCGUAUUGUUGAUUUGGCUUCCUCUAAGUCCGGAGUUUUAGCCCACCAUCAAAAUGGUAGAGGUGGGAGUUGUUCAUCUAUCCAGUCAAACACCACACACAGUCCUGGGGAUAGAAAUAGACCAAUUAGCGACAAUGAUACAAGUGGAAUUACAGAUGUUAGUUAUUAUCCAAUCACCCGAAAGCCGAAUAAUAAGGACUUGGAAGAUUUUAAUAAGACCGGUAAGGAGCUGUUUACGAGGAAUGACAACCAAACUUUACUGGAAUUUCGAAAAUCGAUUCAAGCAGGUGAAUCAAACUCUUCUGAUUCCAGUGGAAUAAGCCUAAAUUUCACAGCAUCCAACUCUGUGAACACCUCCUUAGACAUGACAACCGCACCAAGUCAAAUGUCACAAGAAGAUGAACAGCUGAAGGAGCUGAAUGCUUCUGGUGCAAAAGCCGAAAUAAGUUUGAUCCCGCCUCCUCGAAUCGAUUUUGCUGAAAUAUCGCACCAAAUGAGCGCAAAACUUCCCCAUUUCAAUGACUGUCUUGUCGUUAGGAAAGAAUCAGAGCAUGGACGAUAUAGCAGUAGAGGGAAUUUUAUAAUUUCCGAUUUAUCAAUAGAGGAGACAAUAAAACCUGAUUCUCAAGUAACACCCAGACCUAGACUUGAAGAAGACCUGAAAAUAAAUCCAAUUCCUAUAACCCGACCUCAUAAUCUUGCACUUGAAACAAAUCACACAAAAUUGACUAUUAUACCAUCCCCAACUAAAAAUGUGACGCCUUCUCCAGAAAUACCCAAAGUAGUAUCCAGUCUUUCGAAGCUGUCUCCAUCACCGACGCCAGAUGCAUUCAUCGCUGUAAAUGGAGUCGAUAAAAGUCCCAUUCCACAGAAAUGCCUCAAGUCUCCCAAGCACCUGCAUUCGCAUACCCUAAAUCCUGAUAAAACGCCAGUGCUCAAGAAGUCUACGCCAAAAUCACCUGGGGAUCAAAUAUUCUUUCCUAAAUCUGUUAAAAAAUCCAUUAACUCCCCUACUAGAACUGACACAAGUUCCAUUGGGAUCAAUGAAAAUCAGGGUGUGGGAGGGAUAGUUUCAACGAACGCGGAAAUAAAGGAGACGCAAGAGGAUAAUACUAAGAAAACCAUGCAGUCAACAAAGCUCACAAGGAGCUUGCACGUCAAUAAACGACCCCAGACAGUCUCGGAGGCAUUUUACAACGGUAGGACUUUAUAA